AUGGUGGCCGCAAAGUUGGACGCGAACGCGUGGUACCAAGUGUCAGAGACGCGAGUCACGAAUGUAUCGGCGCCGAUCAACAACAACUUGCAAACUACGAAUGCAGGUCUUCGAGUUUUCGCAAAAACAGCGCAAGCAUGGCAAUUUCAACCUUUCGGAGAUGUAGAAGGACGCUAUCUUGCGAGGUUGAACACUUCAGGUGUCGGACAACAGCUUUCAGUGUGUUACAAGGAGGAUGAGGUGCACCCAAGCAGGACCAUCGGUUGCCUGAGGAGAACGGAAUCAGACGAGUCUCAGCAAUGGGAUAUCAGCGAAUGGGGUGAUGGCUCAUACAAGUUCACCAAUGUGGGCAACGGCUCAAAUUACGUGCUGGAUGUUCACCCAGGAUCCAACCUGUUCAUGUCCAGCGAAAUCGAAGGAAGCGAUGGUGUUUCUGGCAAGCAGGUUGCCCAGCAUUGGGUCAUGACGAGUGAACGUCCUGUUGACGAUGGCGCCUACUCGACCAUCUACAGCGCGGGAACCACCCCCGUAGCAUCUGCAACGGCAACCGGUACCAAUACUGCUGCAACCGCAUCCGCCACCGCAACUGGAUCCGGCUCGGCUGCGGCCGCUACCUCUACCUCCGAAGCAGACUCAUCCGCCGGAGGUCUAUCAUCCGGUGCUGCCGCUGGCAUCGGAGUGGGUGUCUCCCUCGCCGCAGUCGCCCUCAUCGGCGCUGCAGUUUUCUUCUGGUGGCGUCGUAGGAAAGCUUCCAAGGGCGCCGCUGUUCCUCAAAGCGAUCACCCCGAACUGGGAGGAGACCAGCCCGGCAUGGCCAAGCUCAGCCCCGGCACCGUCAACUCGACCGUCGCCUCGUCUCCCAACACACCUCACAACGGCUACUACGGCCAGGAAGCCAAGACUCUUGGACAUCUUCAGCCCCAUGCUCACGCCACCGAGGCCGGUCACAACCCCAUCUACGAAGCCCCCACAUCCGAGACUCGCUACGAACUAGACUCCGGCCAUACCCAAGGGGGCAAUGGGCCAGCACAGUUAGACGACACGGCAAGACGAUAA